UGGGGUUGUGGACCAGCGUUUAAUGGCACUUCUUCACUUGAUGUCGUCACAAUACCACUCCACUUUCUUUAUCAUCCCGCGGCUGCUGCUAGUAUCCGUAGGAAAUGCGAGUUGUAGGCGGCACAGGAUCGUUAUCGUUAACGCGCUCGUGAAUUUGCAUUGUUGUGCGCUUUCAAUCUUCGAUACUAACUUACGGUAGGGUGGAAGCGGAACUAUUUACACGAACAGGAUCCAAAUAAUAAUGGCGGUGUUGGCUUUGUUUUACGUCGCUCUGCUGCAGUAUGGGAGUGCACAACUAUCUCGCGAUCCCCUCAUUUAACAUGGAUUUCUAGCAACACCAACAGCAACUAGCGGUAGCGACAUGAAGGAUGUCGAUGUACUCACUUAGCUGCUGCAUGACGAACCCGAGCCCCGACGGUUCUGCGCUUUGGGCUUCUGGGACUUGUCAUGCAAACACGGAAAGAAGGUGAAGGAGAAGGACGAGGAGGUUCCGUAUCCGUUCGGGCAGCAGGAUUUGGCAUUUUGCAUGACAGAAGGAGAUGUGGGGGAGUUGUGCACUUUGAUACGCAGGAGUUGUGGCAAGGGGGAGGCUGCUCCUCCGUGCCGCUCGAGCAACGGGACCACCCUUCCACUUCCACGUGGCGACCGACUCCCAUACGCAUCUUCGGAAUUCCGAAAAGAGCCCUGGAGAGGGACCAGCAGAGAAGUCAUCGUGCUACACUGGUCAACAACCCUGUAGUUGUUUCUGACGUGCCUCGAGCAGCAGACCACCAUGGAGUUUUUACAAACGACCGGAUCGUCGAGCUGACUUCCAAGUACCCAUGGCUGCGGGACCUGUUAUUCCAGGAGAGGCGGCAUUUUUUUUUCCCGAAAAACCAUUCCGGAAGGGAUGCAGGAGCUUCCGUCGCCUGGUGCAACGCGGACAUUGCAGAAAGUUGUAAGGUAUUCAGUUAUAACCAUGGUCGAAGGCGACCACUGGUGCAGCGAAAGCCUGGUGUCGCGCCCGUGCCGUACAGUUUCGGCAACGAUACUACAGACCAGCAACAGCCUAUCGUCCGCGUGGAACUCAAACUCAACGCGCAGAAAAGGGAGCUUCUUUUAGCGGUCAAGAGGAGGAGCGCAGCAUCGUCUAGUUAUUUGCUAGUCGCUGAGGGGACCGAGGAGGGAGAAAACAGAGACAAAUCGCCGGUCGAGGAUUUACUUCAGGCGCAGGCUGCAUCUCUUCGUGCCGGCGCUUCUGCGCCUGCCUCGACAGAAGAUGUUGAGGGGUCAAGCGGCCGCUACCAGAACCUCUGGGGCGCGAAGUUCGAUGCUCGCACCGGCGUGUGGCGCUUGCCGCCUCCAAAUAUUGAAAAAGAGAGAGGCGCAGCGGAUUCGUCGUCUCGACAAACCCGACAAGCUCGCGGUAACUGGGAGAUACAGAUCGACGGUGACGUGAGCUCCUUUGCGGAUGAAGCGCUUCGGCGAAAAUUUUGGAUAUCAAUACAAACAUAGUCUGAGGCAUCUGGAAGGGUCUUGCGCGCGGUUCUCAUGCAUCCAUUGGAUCAAAUUCAAAGUCAAACAGAUGCGCAUAACAAGUUGUGCUCAGGCCACCUCUUGAUGAUGAUAAUGCCUGUCCCGAAGGAAUCACAAAACUGGGUAGUUGCGUAUAGUAUGUAGUGAGGUCACCGAACGGUUCUAACCAGGGAGUUUUUUUGACAUAUACCCUCAAAAACGACCGGCAGUUUUGAAGCGGCCGGAAGCGUUUUUGCACAUAAAAAAUUUGCACUUAUCAAGCGGCCGGGGCUUUGCCGUCAAAGAAGCCCGAGCGGAUUGUAUCGAUUCGCACUUGAUAAAACGAUGCAGGGGAGCCGGCGAAAGGGGCGCCCUUCCGAGGCGCCCACCGCCUUAGUUUCUGGCGAUUUGGGACGCCCAAAAGGGCGCCCGAAAAAAAGGCGCCCAAAAUCAAAACAGCGAAACAGCAUGGCACGGCCGCGAUUUCGAAGCAUUUUGGAAGGCCGCGAAAGCGGCCGCCUUUUCGCCGGUUUCACAGCCUGGGAAGCUUUGCAAAAAGCGCCGGCUGGAAAAAUAAAAACACAAAACAGAAAAAGCGCGCCAGACGCGCAAAGCCAAUCCGCAUGGUAUGGGCCCGAUUUUUCUCAGGUUUUUGGGCGCCCCUCGAGGCGCCCGGAUCGGCCCCAUAGCAUGGGGGCUGGCUUUCGGAAAGCAAUUUCGGAAAUUCGCCAAAAUUUGCGACGUUUAUCAAGCGGCCGCCAUACCGUGCGGCCUAACGUUACUCACGGCGGUAUGGCGAUCCCAGAAAAAGCAAAGCCACGGCCAAGGCGACGGCCGGCAAGAAAACGCCCACGACCUCACUACCUCCGCCCCGGCGGCUAUAUUUGGUAUGUAUGUAGCAAGAAACGCACAACUUUUGCUGGCGCUCGUGCGAAAUAGAUAUUGGAUCUGGGGCCCAGGAUCUUCUGCAUAAUUACUUUCCAGACCUGCCCAUGCCUAUUUGCAAUGCAUGUCGCAGCUUCGUUGCGGAUUUUGGGUACCAGACCGGAGUGGACGAAGAGGACCAGAUCGCCGAGGUGCCGCCUCUGAAUUUUUUGCGUAAACUUUUCCUCGAGAGCCCGCAAGUUGUACCGCGACUGGAUGCCAAAGAAGUUUUCCUCGAAUAUGAGGUAACGGCUCACAGACCGGAGGUCGGUCGUGUCGGGGUCGAGGUCGAGUCGCCGCACCGGAAGCGGCCAACGACCCUGCAUGAGGCGUUCCUGAAGGCAAACGGCUACGAGUCCGCCUCGCGAUGGGCGGGCAACCGCGCAAACUUCUGGACGAGCCGGAUCGACGUUGAGGAGCUGCAAUUGAAGCAGCAGCCGAGCGUACUGAAGUGCGCGAUUGAUCACGUUGGAGAAAUGGUCCACGAAACAACGACCUCGGAAGGGAGGCUGCGCCGGUGGCGAAAGCGCGACGACUUUGGAGGUAAUAUCGCCACAGAAGUAGAUUAUAGUACAGCAGAUGGAGGUCGUGACACCAGCAAGCCGCAACUCACUUACUCGAAACUGCUACUGAUUGAGUACGUGAAUUAUGUGCAGAGAAAAACCAACGGGAAGAAAAUCUUUCCGGACAUCUACCGGUGGUACUGGACAGACCGCCUAACAGCAGGUAGCGACAACAACGAAAGCGAAGACGAUGAAGCGGCACGAGGUAGUAGCUCCAAGAAGGCUGUUUACCUCUGUCUCGAAAUGGAAAGGAUCGACACGACGUUGGCCAAACUGCCGCUCGAGCACGCGAUUGAGGCACAGGCGCGACGGACACGGCCGCGCGACCAGUCUGCUCCCGGCUCUGGUACAACUCCGACAGACGCUGGUGGCGACGCUCCUCGAUUUUUGACGUCGCGCGAGGAGAGCCUACUUGUUGAGCAACAUGCCCCAGUCCUUCUGCGGACGCUCAACGCGCUGCGCGCGACGAAACAUGAGGGGGCGGCGCGGACAUCAGGCAUAUUUGCGGGCGCCACGGUGCGGGACGCCGCGAUGUCGGUCGUGUUUCGACCAGUUGAGGAAGAAAUGGAAGAAGAGGGCCUUUUCGACGACGUGGCGGCUCCUACAAUCCCAAUCGCCACUGGAGGUCGCACAGAGGAUUUUUAUGUUGAAGACUCGCCGGCACGUCGCAAUGCGUACCUGCACGCGAUGUGUGUGCAACUUUCGACGCAAGCAGCGCGUUGCUCGGACGACGACAGCUUCCUCGCUUCGUUUGCCGACCGCACUACGACAGACUUUUCGCUGAAGAACCUGCGCGGCGGGGCGAUCGCGUUCUUCUCGGAUCCGGAGGAUUUCGGGGACUCAUCCUGGGUAAACGAACUCGGCACGAGAUUGCAGUUCUCCGAGGCGGACUGGCUGUCCUCGCGAUUGCGCGCGCAACUGGUAGCUGGCCUCGCGCAAGAGCGGGAGAGAUUGGCCGCGGCCUGGGUGCGGUUUCUCCGCACGGACGGCGAGAACUUGGUGGAAGCAAUUCGCUUUUAUGACGAUGCAGUUCCAGUAGAUGCAGAAGAUCAAGAUGUGGCUAUAGCCGCUGCUGCCGUUGGGGCGCGGCUCGUCACCGGAAUCGUUGAGGCGCAGGACAAACUGCGUCCGACCAGCUCGAGUCCUGCUACUAGACAAGCGGUGGAUGCUUUCUUAGCGGACGGGAGAGUGUCGGUGAGACAAGUGCUGGAACAGCACGAAAUUUUGUAUGACGACUACAGCCCGGAGAAUUGGGCCGUCGCAGUAGAUGCGGCGGACGGCGCGCCGAGAGAUAUUCUGCUGAUCGACGUGGCGUCUGUUGAUUUUUUCCCCCCGACUUCCACCCCGCGAGAGCGAUUUUUCGAAACGGAGAACGAACGGGCGCUGGCGCGAGAGAAAUACAAGAGUUUGACGCAGCGAAAAUGGGAGGGCACGCUGCUGAGAAAUCGCAAGCACGAGUUUGACCCACCGCUUGUUGAGGAGUUCGUCGGAGUUCUUGUAGAACCUGAAGUGGAACAGGCACAAAGCGGCACUGCGGAUGAGAGUCAGGAGUUAGAGUCCGGUUAUUCAUCAUUCCUAGGAGGUUCUUCAGGACGAGGACCUGCGGUGGGGGAAAGCGAACGAACGGAAAGCAAAGAAGAAGCCUUGUUAAACCCAUCCGAAACGGAGCUGGCCGCGGGCUUGUGGGAUGCGAUUUACGCGUACGGGUGGACGCGAAACAGCCUCGGGGCCCCGGACUUCGAGGAAGCAAUCAGAGCCCUCGUGGCGUUCAGCAGUGCGGUCCAUAAAGCACUAGCCCGUGUGGAAAUGCCGGGCUACAGCAGGGUAAGUGGUCGUGACCCUACUGUUCUUUAGAUUCUCAUGGCUCCACACCUUAUUGCGCUAGAAAAGCAGGAACCAAGCUCCAACUCCAAGACCGUCAAGCUGAAGAACGCUGGAACACGGAUACAAGAAUGAACGGUAACGCUG